UUUAUUUAAAUUGUUGUUGCUGUUUGUCUUCAACUUGUGCUUGUCUCCAGUUACAAAAGCCGCGACGCAGUCGACGUCUCUGAUAAGCAGCAGCAGGAGUCGCCACCGAACUUUGCAACUGUUUUUGCCAUGGAACUGGAAUGCGAUUUGGGUGCCAUUCAAAACGAGGAGUUGCUGAGGAAAAUGUGGCAGCAAUCGGAGGACAGCGAACGUAAACGUCAAAUCCGUACGCAUCUCUAUAAGCUACGCGAGUCGCGUCUGAGGAAUCUCUAUAGGCACGAACCGGAUAGCAUAGCAUUCGCAAUGUCUGAACCGAAUGGCAAUACUCUGUCCGGCUUUGGCAAGGAUCCGCUGGCCACCAGCCAUGGUGAUGCGCUGCUGGACCAGAAUUUCCAGAGCCUCAAGUCGAAGGAGGUGCGUGAUUCGAUCAGUCCCACGCACGAGCUCAAGUUCCAUUCGAUGAGCCUCACCCAGCCGAAUAGCACCGGCUGGGAUGUGCAGACCUCCUCGGAGGUGAGUCCCGAUGGACGCGCCUAUCGCACCGAGACGCUGGCCAAAACAGAUGGUGUUGAGAAGCUGAAUGGUGGCGGCACUGCCGAGUUCAAGGGUCGCAAUGAGCAGCGCUCGAGCGCUUCGCAUCAGGGCGACGACAAGAACUAUGUGAAGCAGGCGGCCGAGAGCUCCAAUACGCAUCUCCAGGAGAAGGUUGUCUAUGGCGACGAGAGCGCCGGCGGACGCACCGAAACGAAAAUGAGCUCCACCACCUCCUCAUCGAGCUCCAAGUUUGUCUCAUCCUCCACUGUCGAGUAUGGGGAUGAUGAUGCCGCUCAGCCGCGCUAUCUGCUGGACAGCCAGACGACAAAUCGUCAGCAGCAGCAGCAACAGCAGCGAGAGCAGCGUGAACAGCGCGAGGUGCGGGAGCAGCGUGAGGUGCGCGAGCGCGAGGAGCAACGUGUGCAGGAGCAGCGUUUGCAGCAACAGCGCGAGGAACGCUACUCGGAGAGCCGGGAGCAAUCGAAGAGCACCCGCAACGUGGAGACACAGCAGCACUACGAGGAGAACAAGCAUUAUGUGGACAUGGACAAGGCAUCUCCGGAAUAUCAGCGUCAUGUGCAGCAUCUGAUGUCGCAGCCAGGCGAGAUUAUCUCCAAUACGGUUGAGUAUCCCAAGCCCAAUGUCAAGAUGAUUACCACGGUGAAGCGUCUGCCCGACGGCACCAUUGUCAAGAACAAGCGCUACGAAACCGAGCAAGUGUCUCCCAGCGCGGAGACGACGCGCCAGACCCAAACCCAGACCCAGACCCAUAAUCAGUCACAGGUAAACAAUCAGCGUCGCACACAGGAUGUGCACCACCAGCAUCAGCAUCAGCAGACCCACAGCCGUGGCGAGCCGCGCGAUGUGGUGGACAAUGCGGAACCGUUGCGUCGACCCGCCGAGGCCGAGGAGCUCAUCAAGCAGGAGAGCUAUUCGUCGGUCAAGAAGUCCAGUCGUCGCUUCUCCACUGAAACGACAUCGGAGACCGUCGAGGAGUAUGAUGAUCGUGCGCCCAAUCAGCCUGCACAGCAGCUGAAGGCGCCGUCUCCGGCACGCCAGGAUUACAGCAUGCACGGCUUUCCCAGCAAGCCGAUCCAGGAGUUUCCCAAUCAGCGUCCGACAACGCCCAGCCGUCAGCCGGCAAGCGAUUUCUCCACGCACGGCUUUCCCUCGGUGCGCGGCAAUAAGCCCACCCAGGAGUUUCCCAAUCAGCGACCCACCACCGAGGAGGUCGUAGUGAUCAAGUCCGAGAAGAGUCGCAAUGUCAAGCAGAGCAGCAGCUCGCAGCGCACCGUCGAGACGGAGUACGUUGAUGAAGGGCAUGCGCCCUUGCCGUUGGCGGCUGGACCAACAGCCACGCCCAGCUGGGAGCAGCCGGCCAGUCCGCGACGGGCACCCGUCGAGGAUUUCAGCACGCACGGCUUUCCCUCGGUGCGCAGCUCACGGCCCGAUCAGCCCGAUGCCGAGAUAGUGCAUCAGAGCAGCACGAGCGCCGUUAGCCGCAAAUCGGAGCGCAUCAUCGAGACCCAGGUGGAGCAAGACGAUCUGGAGCCGCAGCCGGAGCCGCUGCAGCAGCAGCGUCGUCGUCCACAGCCGCUGAACGCCCAGCCGCCGGCCAGUCCGCGUCGCACGCAGCCGCGCGACGAGUACAGGGAGGUUAACCAGGGAGGUUAUCCCGCGGCUCGAUCGCCCACACGCGCGCCGGCCAGCAAGUCGCCGCCGCGCAGACCGAGCGCCGGCAUACGCACGCCCACACGCAACGCUCCGGAGUCGACAACAACAACCACCACAACAACGACCACGGUGACACGUCGCCAGCUGCAGAAGGAGCGCGAGGUGGAUGCAGCGCAUCGUGCGUUUGCCGCCUCGUUGCGCAGCAGCUCGCCGGCGGAGAGCGUCGGCUCGACCGGGUCGCAUCAUCCGCAUCAUUCGCAUCAUUCGCAUCCGGCACAUGGGCGUCGCGAUAGCGGACAAACGGAGCAACAGCGUCAAACGCCACGGUCGAGCAUCUCGUCGAGCCGCACAUUUAGGCGCGACGGACGCGAGGGCUCCCAUGACAGCCAUGCGCCGUCCGAGUCCAGUCGCAUCAGCUCGACGACGGUGACACGCCAUGUGGGCGUGCCCACUACCAAGAGCGUGGGUAAAACACUCGUUACCAAGCAGCAGCAGCAGCAACAAGCUGCUGUGAAGACCCGUAACGUUCAAGGUUCUAACGAAACAAUCGAUCUUAUGCCGCAGCGUUCGCCCAAAUCGCCAGCAGCAACGAAAUCCACAACAAUAACAGCAACGACCACAACCACGAUUGGCAAUAAGCCAACAGCCGGCGGAUCAGCAUCCCCAGCUAUCACACCCACAACCCCAACAAUUCCGACAACCCCGACAAAGCCCACAGCCGCAGCUCCAACAACUCCAACAGUUCCAGCCGUUAUUCCCACAGCUCCAGCUAGCGAGACGCCAAUUGUGUCAGAUAACCAAUCACAGUAUACGUAUGCUACUACUAAGCCAGCCGAUAUAUUCUCUUUGCCACCUACUCCUACAACACCUACCAUUAACAACAACAACAACAAGAACAACAACAACGCAACAACACUAACAAUCAACAACCAGAACCAGAACCAGAACCAGAACCAGAACCAGAACCAGAACCCUUCCAUCGAAGACAAGCCCAACGAAUUGUUAACUAAAACCAAGCUGAGCUCAAAUGAGGCAACCACAUCCAAUCCAUCUGGCGCCGUGCUUGAGCCAACCUGUGUGCGUCGACACUAUUACAAGCUGGGUCCGGCCGCCGAUGCGGAUGCGGCUCAAAACGCGGCUCAAACCGAAGCGGCCAGCAUUGCCAAGGCGGUGACAAGUACUGAAACCGUUGACACGCCCAACAAGAGCCGACCUUAUGCACCCAGACCCAGCAGCGAUGCACCUUAUCGCACACACAGCAAGCCCCAGCACAGCACUCGAGACGAUGAGCCGACUCCGGCAAGGCGCAGCUCCAAGUCGCCCAGCGUCGAGCGACGUCAGCUGCAGCGGGAGACAACGUUUGAGACUCCGUUGGAGCGUGAGUCUUCGCCGGUUCGUCUCGCUCAGAUCGAUGAUCAGAUUGUCAUCGAUGAGAGCAGCUUGGAGUUUAGGCAGCGCCAAACGAAAGGUAAUGAUAAUAGGCCCAGGGACCUGCCACGUCAGAGUCCCGAGAAGAUACCGGCGACAUUGCCCUCGAGGCCUCGCCAGAGUCCCGAGAAGCAGUUACCCUCGAAAGCCAGACAAUCGCCACGUUCCGGUAGUCCCGAGAAGUUGCCAGCAACUCUUCCCAAGGAAUUGCCACGUUCUGGCAGCCCCGAAAAGCAGCUGCCCAGAGAAUCGCCACGUCAGACGCCGGAACAGCUGCCAGCUGCAUUUCCCUCAAAGCCUAAGGAAUCGCCGCGUCGUAGUCCCGAUAAUCAGCCCAGAGAAUCGUCACGUCCGAGUAGCCCCGAAAAGCAAAUGCCAACUAGACCUAAGGAGACGCCACGUUGGAGUCCCGAAAAUCAGUUACCAUCGACAGUGCCCAGAGAUUCGCCACGUCAAAGUCCUGAGAAGCAGCUACCAGGCACGGUGUCCAAGGAAUUUCCACGUUCGAGUCCCGAAAAAUCGCUACCAUCAACAACUCCCAGGAGCGCACCACGUCCCGGAAGUCCAGAAAAGCAGCUGCCAAAGGAGCCAAGUCCUGAAAAGCAAUUGCCUAAGGAGUUGCCGCGUCAAGCCAAGGAGCCCAGUCCCGCAACCCAGUUGCCGGCCUCGGCUUCAACUAAGCCCCGAGAUGCACCUAAGCCAACUGCCGACAAGCAGUUCCCAGAGGAUGCGUUCUUUAGAAGCACUGUGACCCAACGAUUGACCAAUACAACGAAGAACCUUAACGAAGAAUUCAUAACGAACGAGCGUCAGCCUCAGGCUCGCAAGCCCCAGGAUAACCAACCCGAAAAUCCCGAUACCCAAUUGCCCAAAAGUUCAAGGCCCAAAGAUGAAGAUAUGAUUGAUAGAUCUAGCUAUAAGCCCGCAACAGGCAAAACUCCCGAGACAUGCGAAACACCCGAAAUACCGGAUGGUGGUUUCAUAUCGAAGAGUCCAGAGCCGGAAGAAGAUCAAAAGCCCACCUACCGCAAAAAGGGCCUGACCCGUCGGGAGACCUUUGAAGAUCGUUGCCGCAAAAUCUUGGGCAUGGAGGAGGAUGGUGAUACGCAGGGAAACUACGUGCCAAAACCUGAAGAUGAUGAUGACGACAAUGACACGGAUGAGCAGAAACAAUCAACUGUGGUCAAGCAGACGGAGACCUUUGAGUUUAAGAUAGAGGAUUGUCCCGAUGAUGAUGAUGAGGAUGACAAGCCCAGGCAAGUGACCGAAACCUAUGUGAUACGUACACAGCCUGUUAUCAAAGUCGAGGAACCUCUGUCUGAACCGGAGAGCCAGUUGCCCCAACGCAGCGAGUUGACGGUGGAUAUUACGGAGUCAGAGGAAAUUGAAACGCUCGUCAAUACCGAGAAAACAACGGGAAAAAAGGUGCCCAGGCCAGUGGAUGAAGAAGUACCACGUCCUGCUGGUGGCCGAAAGCCCAAGGACGGGCCAGAGUCAGAACCCGCUGCUGGUAGACACCCUGAGGCUGUGAAUCCACAGCGUCCAUCACUUAACAGGCAACCAAACGAUGACGCUGAAUUCGUUAAUGUAGAAGAAGAGACAACAACAAUUACAACGAAACGCUCAUCUAAAUCGCCUUCGUCUACCCGUAAAGGCUCUUUGCCCUACCCGGAGGAUGAGGUAGAGUCACGUCCCACAGCUGGAAGAUGGCCUCAUGAUAAGGUAGAGCCACGUCCUAAGACUGGCAGACAGCCUAAGGAUGAGAAGCCACAACGUCCAUCAACUAGCACUCUUUCCAAGAAGGAGACAGAGUUUAUAAAUGUUGAAGAAGCGACGACCAUAACAACUCGCAAGGAACCUUUGCCCUACUUAGAGGACGAGGAGGAACCUAGACCCACAGCUGGUAGACAGCCCAAGGAUAAGGUUGAGCCUCGUCCCACAACUGGUAGACGGCCAUUGGAUGAGGAAGAGCCGAGUCCUAAGGGUGGCAGACAGCCGAAGGACGAGCGACCACAACGUCCGGCAUCUGGCAGACUUCCCAAGGACGAAGUCGAGCUUUUAAAUGUGGAAGAAGAGAUUACGACAAUUACUACCAAGCAUUCUCCGAAGUCUCCAUCACCGGCUAGCAAAGAGCCUUUGCCUUCAGAGGAUGAAGAAGAACCAAGUACAACAACCGGUUGGCUUCCCAAGGAUGACGCAGAGUUCGUAAAUGUGGAAGAAGAAACGACAACAACGAAGCGAACAUCAAAGACGCCUGUUACCAAGUCACCUUCACCCAGACGCAAAGAGCCCUUGCCUUAUCCGGAGGAUGACGAGGAACCACUUUCCGGUAAACGUCCGAAGGGUAAAGAGCCAACACGUCCGGUAACAGGAAGUCAGCCAAAGGAUGAGACAGAGCCACGGCCAACACCUAAAUAUUAUUCUGAAGACGUCGAGUUCAUAAAAGUGAGCGAAGACACAACCAUAGUGGUCACGAAGCGUCCUCCCAAGUCACCGUCGCCCACUCGCAGGGACUAUUCGCCGUACCCAGCGGAUGAAUUGCAACCCUCACCUGGAAAGCAGCCUAGGGAUGAGAGAAAACCAAGCUCCACAGCUGGUAAACCGACUAAGGUUGAGGAAACACCACGUACCGCAUCAGCUAGGCGGCCAAAGGAUGAUAAAGAGCCGCGGCCUACACCUGGCAAACAACCCAAGCCCGAGGCGCCUAGCAGGCAACCCAAGGACGACGCAGAGUACAUUAGCGAAACGACGUCUGUGGUCAUAACAAAGCGUCCCUCCAAGUCGCCAUCACCCACACGCAGGGAACCUCUGCCUCAAACGGAGACAAAGCAUUUUGUGACCGAAAAGAUCAUCGAUUGCAAUGGCAAAACAGUGGUGGAAAAGAUCAGCAAGACCCAACGACCCAGCGGGCCCACAGCAGGACCCAAGGCGAAGAAACAACCGAACGACAGUGAACCGGAGGAGUCACAGCCCAAGCAGCCCGAUUCCAGGAAGCCGUCAAUCACCAAAACUGAAACCGAGCGACGAAACUCGCGCACAACAAAGAGCAGCAGCACCACGACCACCAGCAGCACCACCAGCAAGCAGCCCCUGAGGGAAACGCAGCCCAAGACGGUCAAGAGUCCACGCAAGGAGUCGCUGCCAAGGCGUGAGCCCGCCAAGCGCGAUAGCCUGGUAGAGGAGACUCGCAGCUCAACAACAACAACAAGCACAACGGCACGCAACACCAUACAGAAGGAUAAAAAGCCCAGCGCUAGCAAUGGCUCACCCAACAUCAAGGAUCGGCUGCGCUCGUCACCGCGCAAACAGAAACCCGAAACGGACAAUGUGGAUGGAGAGUCCUCCUCGCCGGAUACGAGCCCCACGCGUAUUCCCAGCGAGCGUCGUCGCUCGAGCAACAUAUCCGUGCACACGGAGAUCAUCAUAGAUCACACGGCGCCUAAGACGCCUUCGCCCAAGAGCGAGCGCAAGUUGCCGACCAAGGUCCUGGCUAGUCCCGCACGCAAGCUGCCGGUCACAGAGCGCAAGGAAUCGGCCCCAGUGCCGCGUGUCACGCGCCGUGACAAGGACAAGGUGACGCGCUCCACCAGUGAGAAUGUCAUCAAGGUGGUCAACGGAAAGCCAAAACUGACACCCGAGAUGAGCACCCUGAACCCGAGCUCGGCGCAGCGUCCCACCGAACGCAAUCGACCCAGCAAAUGCUUCACCACAAGGACCAUCAAUCUGAGCGAGCAGCUGAUCAACAGCGAGGACAUGGAGAAUGUCAUCAUUGAUAUACAGCAUGCGAAGAGCUCGCGGGAACCAUCGCCGGAUCGCAUUGUGCCCACACCGGUGCCCGCCGAGCUAGAGACGGGCAAGCCGCGUUAUCCGGAUGUUGUGCAGGAGCCGGACGAUGAGCCGCGCAAGAAACCGAUUGUCACCAACAUACCCAUCUUUGAGGAGGAGGCCAACGCCUAUGUGGGCUGCCAGAUCUCAGAGCUGCGCAAUCCCAACGGCAUCGAGGCGGACAUCCAUGACAAUCCCACCGUGGAGGCGCCCAAGAGCCUGGAUUAUACCGCCCCCAGCAAUGGUCAGCCCGGCAUCGAUAUCGAUGAGUGUCUGUUGAGUGUGCACGAGAAGGUCUCCAAGUUUACGCACACCGCCGAGCAAGUGAAGCAGCCGAAGACCUCGACACCCUUUAGCCGGGAGUUCGAUGAGCAUGCCAAGGUCUCGGCCAGUGAUGAGUGCCUGCUGAGCAUAGACCAAAAGGUGGAUCGUUUUCUGAAGACCGCCGAGAACAUAACCAAGCAGCCGUUGACCACGCCCACGCGCGAAAUCGAGCGCCCCAACUUUGAGGACAUCGACGAGGAGCUGCGCCAGGACGAUUGCACGCUGAGCGUCUCGCAGAAGGUGCACAAGUUUAUUGACACCGCCGAGAAGCUGGCUCCCAGUGCACCACAGAAGUCGCCUAGACUGGUGGCCAGCAUUGAGCGUCACAUCUCGCGCCAGAGCGAGCCGGAACUGGAGCAGGAAUCGGAGCCGGAACAGCCCUCCGACCUGGAGCCCGAGGAGCCUUUGGAGUCGAACGAUGAUGAACUGUUGCCCAUGUCCAAGCACCACACCACAGCCAUCGAGCUGAAGCGUCAAAAGGACAUACUCAAUCGUCCCUCGGUCUUCGGUCAGCGCAAGCCAGCCACGCCCAAGCAGACACCCGGCAGCAGCAAGCCACGCGGCAGUCCCAGUUCCAGUCCGAGCACCGUGCUUAUAACGGAGGAGCGUAAAUCCUAUCGCCAUCAGCAGAGCCCCAGCGCGCGUUCACCUACACGCAGCACCACGGCGCCACGCAAACCUUCGUUGGAGCAACCACGCGGCAAGCCAAUCGAUGCGGAGCGCAGCACCACCAGCACCACCAAGCGCAGGGAGCACAUAACGCAGCAGCAGUGGGUGCUCAGCGAUGUGGAUGUGGACGUCGAAGAGGUGGGACCCGCGCCCGCCCAUCACAGCGCCAGUCCGCAGACAACGACACCCAGCAGUCGCACCACCAACAAGCCAACCACCACACGCAGCAGCACCACUGCAUCACGCAAGCCCUCCCUCGAGUCGCCGCGCGGCAAGCCCAGCGACUAUGUUAAGCAAACGGAGACCGAGACACGUCGCACCACCAGUACCGCCAGCACCACCAAGCGUGGUGAGCAGUGGUUGCACAGCGAUAUUGAUGUUGAUGUCGAGGAGUUUGAGCCCGUUGGUUCACAGCCAACAUCACCGGGCAGACGCACCAACACCAAGCCAACCACCACACGCAACAGCACCACUGCACCACGCAAGCCGUCGCUGGAGUCGCCACGCGGCAAGCCCAGCGGCGAUUACCUGAAAGAAACGGAGACCGAAAAGCGACGCACCACCAGCACCACCAAGCGUGGAGAGCAGUGGUUGCCCAACGAUGUGGAUACGCCCAGUCAGAGUCACAGAAACAGCGCCAGUCCGCAGCCCGUAUCGCCACAACGCCGCACCGCCAGCCAAAAGCCAGACACCACCAACAGCACCACGAACUCCACCACCAAUUCGAAAUCCACCGUAGUUAAAGCGAGCACUGAGCACAGCACCACAAAGCAUACAACAACAACAACAACAACCCGAACCCAUAGUCCAACUAACCACAUCCUUGCCAGCUCCCCUGACACUGAACCACACGUUGAACCACUUUUAGAGCGCAGCCGGCCAACCGCCCAAACGUCACCCGGCCGCACCGUUGCCUCGCGGCGCAACAUCUUCGAGCAGCAGUCCAGUCCCAGCCCCACCGGCGAGCACAACGGACGCCGACCCUCGUACAUGGAUCACACGAAGAGCUCCCUGGAGCACAUCCGUCGCGACUCGCUGGAGAUCAACAAGACGCACUAUUCGCGCAAAUCCUCCGUGGAGGAUGACACCGGACUUGAGCCGCGCAAUCCGAAUGCAGCGGUAAAGUUUGAUGUGCCCAGGCGCGGCUCACGGCCCGAUCCGACGCGCACCACCAGCAGCAGCGAGGACAUCGAAAUUGAGGAAAUCUUUGAUCUGCAGACACUCGAGCAGCUGCUGGAGACGGUGAGCAGCUACGAGCUGCGCCGCCGCAUACGCGCCCAGAUACGUUUGAUCAAGAAGAACAUGAUCAAUGCGAGCAGCACCACCAGCACCACAACAACUAUGACCAGCAAGAUCAGCCCCAGUCACAGGCAGCAGCCGGAGCAGCUGCAGCCGCGCAGCGCCAGCUCCACGCCCAGUCGCAGUCCUUUGCUGGCACGACGCACGCCCGAGCGCAGCCACAGUCCGGAGCCAAGGAGCAGCAGUCGCCGCACGGAGCAACCGGACAGCGCCACGGCACAUGGCAAGCCGCCAGUGAAGCCACGCGAGCGCAGCGCCAGUCCCGCCCAGACGCGUCGUCGCAGUCCGACGGGCAAGGCCAACAUGAACACCACAAGCACUACGACCACAACCACACGCAUCACCAGCAAGGGCAAGGCCAACGAGAAGCCCAGUCCCAUUUGGGCGGAUCGCAGCAAGGUGCUGCGUGCCUCCGGCUCGUCCUCGCCUACGCCCAGAAAGGGCUCCAACUCCAGCAGCAUCAGCAGCAGUAGCAAAUUGAUGCGCACCACCAACACCUCAUCCGCCACCAGCACCACCUCCUCCACUACCAACAACAGCAGCAGCAAGCGACGCGAAGAGGACUCGAUUACGUCCAGCUAUGGCGUUGGACCCACCGAUGAGAAUGGGCUGCCCCUCUUUGGCAUCAGGGCGCUCAAGAAGAAGACACAGCCGACGGCGCCAUGUGAGACAAAGCAAGAAGUCACAGGCUAUGUCAUCGAGGAGCAGUUCUAUUCGGAUGACAAGUCGCCGCCGCGUCACGAGCGCAAGGAGCUCAUCUACUCCAGCAAUCCCGCGGAGCUGGCCACGCUGCAGCAGCAGCUGGAGCGCACCAGCCAGCCGGAAGAUGGCCAGAUUAAGCUGCAGCGCGAACUGAAGCUCAUCGAUGCCGAUGAGCUGCCAUUGGCGGCGGCCAUUGAGACGGGCACGCGUCGCGGCUCCGUCAAGGAGCUGAGCGAACGUUUCAUACAGAAGGAGUCCGCCGGCGACGAGGUGGAGACCGAGGACAGCGAAUCGAACGAUGUCUGCAGCGUUAUCGAAAUGGAGACGCCACAGAUGCGCCAGAAAUCAAGCAGCAGCACCACGCGCACCAGCUCCAGCACCCGAUCCUUCCUCAAUACCAGCGGCGAGGAUCGACUUGUUGGCGGCGUCGACGAUGUGCUCGAGCGCAUGCGCAAUGCCGACAAUGUUAUGGAACCAGGGGACAGCACGGAGGAUCGCGAGGCACGUGCUCUGCUCAAUAAAUUUCUCGGCGCCAGCGUAAUUAUGCAGGGCGUCGAGAGCAUGUUGCCGGCGGGUCAGCGGCAGGAGAAGCAGCAGCAACAGCUGCCCAGGAGCAACAACAACAGCAACAACGGGAACAGCAACAACAACAACAACAACGGCAGCCAAGCGGUAAGUGUGAGCAACCGCCCCUCCCUCUCAAUAAAUGCAAGCUAAGCACGCUCUGGUCACGACUAGAAAAUACCCUGUACAUACAUGUUAAGAAACACUGCAAAUACUCGAAAUUAUCUACUUUUGGGAAGGUAAACUAAAGAAUACCCUCUAAUCAAAUUUUGAGAAGACAAACUAGUCACGACUAUAAAACAUCCUGUACGAGAAUUUUUUUAAAUCCGUUAAAUACUCGUCAAAAUUUAAAAAUAAUUUUAAGCAGGCAAACUGAGCAUACUCCAGUCACGACUAGUAAAUGCCCUGUAAAUAACUUUUGAUAAAAUUAGAAAAAAAUAGCCCCAAUAUCUUAGUUUAAAGAAAGCAAACUGAGCAAGUUUUAGGCACGACUCAAAAAUACCCUUUAUUUAAAUUUUAUGAGAUUGGCAAAUAUAUUCACAAUUUAUGAUUUCUAUAUAAUAAUACAAGCUCUCUUUGACACGCCGAAAAUCAAGUAUUUCGAGGCAGAGACUAUUUUCGAGCGAUAUUUCCUAUAGCAUCUAUAUACUAAUAUUGUAAUCCUGUGAUUUUACGUUUAGUCUCACAUGUUGAAUAUUUAAUGGAGCUUCUUUCCGUGGGCUUCCAAUGCGUGUGCAAAAUCACAGCGAACUAGUAAAGCUUCUUAAAUCUGUCAAAUAUAUCAAACACGAACGUUCGUCGCUUUCUUACGAAAAA